UGAUUUUCUCUUUUCCUAGCUGAUUUCCGUUCUUCUCGUAGGUUGGAAACUUUCCGUUUUUUCUUUAAAGUCGGCAACCAUGAAUGGGUUGUAUAGGUAAUUGAGUGGGCUAAUUUUAAUUUGGCCUAUGAUUAUGUAAGGGUUGACAACUUAUAUGCAACAGUCAUAUUCAAUCUCUUUUUUCUUCUUCUUACAUUUUUUAUAGUCGGAAAAAAAAAACAGAACUUAACCUCUAAGUCUUAGCAUUUCCACUAACUCAUCUCUCUCUCUCUUCUUUCAUCACCAAAAUAAAGAACCUUUACAAACUUCUCUCUACAACAGUCACUUUUUUCUCUUCAAUGGUGGAAGCAAGAAGCUCGAAGAAACCAACCCAAUUGGGUAAUAAAGAAGAACAAAACCCUACAAAAUUCUACUCUCGGUUCAUUUUCAAAGCUCUCCUCCUCACCGUUCUCUGCGCCGUCGUACCUGUCUUCCUCUCUCAGACGCCCGAGCUCGCUAACCAAACAAGACUCCUCGAGCUUCUCCACCUUAUUUUCGUCGGCAUCGCCGUCUCCUACGGCCUCUUCAGCCGCCGUAACUACGACGGAGGAGGAGGAUCAAGCAAUAGUGAUCACAACAAAGCUGAUCAUCAUAAUAACAACAAUUCGCACUCCUAUGCCCCUAAGAUUCUUGAAGUAUCCUCUGUUUUUAACGUUGGUCACGAGAGUGAAUCUGAACCGUCCGAUGAUUCCUCCGGCGACCACCGUAAGUUUCAGACAUGGAAGAACAAGUACCACAUGAAAAUCCCCGAGGUUGAGUCUCGUUUCGUCGAUCGAGUAAGUUCAGAGAUCAGAGAGAAACCUCUGCUUUUACCUGUUCGGAGCUUGAACUAUUCUCGUGUUCCUGAUUCCUCCGGCGAAAACUCCGGUCGAUGGGAUAAAGUGAGAUCCAAAAGAAAGAUUUUGAAGACUCUCGGUGAUGAUAACGGUGAUGUGCUUCCUUCUCCGAUUCCAUGGAGCUCAAGAUCAUCAUCAUCAUCAUCGUCAAAGGAGAUUGGAUCUCUACCGUCCAUUAAGAAUCUGACUACAGUUGAAUCACAGCCGUUGAUCAAGAAUCUGACACCAUUUUCUUCUCUCUCUUCUCCAAGAAAGUCGAAUCCUUUACCUAAUCUCGCAUCUCCGCCACCUCCGCCUCCGCCUCCACCGCCGCUACCGGCUUUUUAUAACUCAUCGUCGAGAAAGGCUCAACCGGGAAUUUACAGGGUUGAGCGGAGGGAAUCAGUUCACAAUACCAAAUUUGGAGGCGGUGAGUUUCAUCCUCCGCCGCCUCCGCCACCACCACCUCCGGUGGAGUAUUAUAAGUCACCUUCGACGAAAUUCAGAUUAAGUAGCGAACGGAGAAAGUCGUCGGAGCAAAAGAUGAGAAGAAACUCUCCUAAAAAAGUGUGGUGGUCUGAUCCAGUCGUGGAAUCCAAGGAACAAGACACGGAGAAGAAUGAUCAACGAAGUUACUUGGGAAGCAAGGCAGACGAAGAAUUCGAGAAUGAAGAGCAGAGAAUAAGAGAAAAUGAAAUCCACAACGAAGAGGUUGAGAAGAAGAUAAUAGAGGAAGAAGGAGUUUGUGAGAGCAACAAUGUCAGUGACGUAGACAAGAAGGCAGAUGAGUUCAUUGCAAAGUUCAGAGAACAGAUUAGGUUACAGAGAAUCGAGUCUAUCAAGAGAUCUGCUAAUAAGAUCUCUGCUUCGAGGUAGAACGUAGUAAUUAUAGGAAAGAAAUACAUUUUCAGUUUAUGUUGGUUAUCAUCAUAAGGUUGUAAUAUUAAGGAGAACAAACAUUUUUGUUACAUUUUUAUUCAGCCAGGAAAAUAAAAACUGGAAUGGAGAUGUAUGUGAA